AUGGCUGAAUUUAAUAUGAAAACGAAUGAACAAAUGGGCAAAAUUCAGUUCAGACAAAACAAUCAUUUUUUUGUCCGUAUGUAUUCAGAGGGAAAAAAAAGUUCUGUGUCGCCCAAGUCUAAUAAGGAUUGACAUACCCAAACGAGUUAAUAAUCUAAAAUAUGUACAAUACUCUGUCACCACAAAGUGCUGGCUCUUCUAGGCGAAACGCGCGUUGGGACUUAUGUAGCGAUGGUUAGGCAUUCAGACAAGGGAUGAUACUGCAGUUGCCUUUACAGACAGAGACAAGCCUCCACGCUAGAAUUUUAUUAUUAGAUCGAUUUUUUUUUAUUGUUCAUCUGCACUCUUAUUAUUGUGUUGCUGGGGGUUCUGGGGAUUAGGGUUUUGCUUUUCAUACAAGUUUACUCAGGAUACAUGGGAGGGUGCUUAAGGUUUAGAUUUUUUUAAGGGGUGCCCUCGAAGGCACAUUAGAGCUUAGCCUCCUUCGGACUAGAUAUUCGUCUUUCCUUUGCUCCUACCCACCUCCUCCAUAGUUAACUCGUUAGUUACUAUCUACAGCUAGGUUUUUCCUUACCCGUUUUUGGUUUCCCUUUCCUCUCCCUCACUCCCCCUUAUGUUUGCUCACAGCAACAUUUAGGAUUACGUAGAGUUGGGAUUUAGUUAUUUUAUUGCUUUGUAGUUUAAUUCACACACAUAUAUAUUAUAGAUUCCUUUUUGGUGAUAAUAUCUUAUUGAAGAGCAAAAAUUCCCUUGAUGUCUUAAUGUUCCAUAACAGUGAAAACUAUUUCAGAACUUUGCUGUAUUACUCAUGUGGUUUUGGUCUGUGGAAGCUAAACCACGUGGGGCAGCAUUUACCCCUACUUUUUUUGUAAUAAAAAUAUAAAAAAAUAAAUCUACUAGUAUGGUAAAGACUAAUUUAAUCCCUUAAGGACACAUGACAAGUGUGACAUGUCAUGAUUGCCUUUUAUUCCAGAAGUUUGGUCCUUAAGGGGUUAAAAAAGAACAUGUGCCCAUCAUGAUUAAUUUAGUAGUCCACCAUCCCUUUAUUGAUAGCUAAAGAAGUUGCUGAGAGGCUAAGCAACUAAAUAUGUUAUGAUUUUUGUCUGCUUCCUGACUGGCUGGUGGCUGGGAGUCGCAUAGUAGGAUGAGCAGCAGGGAGUAGACACACUAAUUUGUGGAAUGAGACACUAAUGAGGUGGGUUGAGGCAGGGACGCUAAUAGGGUGAGGAGAGCCAGGGACACUAAUUGGGUAGGUCAGGGGCACUAAUGGGGUUAGGGCAGGGACAGUAAUGGAGCAGGUUGGGAGCAUAAACAGUAAUGGGGGUAGGUUGGGGCAGGGCGAGUAGGAGCAAGGGUGGGGCACUAAUGAGGGUGGGUUUCAGGAAGAGACACAAAUGGGGUCAUUAGGGACAGGGACACAAAUGGUGGAGGGUUUAUUGCAGGGUCACUAAUGGGUUAGGGGCAUAGGCGUGCGCACGGGGUGUGCCGGGUGUGCCUGGGCACACCCUAAUCCCCGUGGCACGCCUAUGGUUUGAGUCCUGCAGGAACAGCGUCCCUGCACUUUUUUGAGCAGGAACGCUGUUCCUGCAGACACUCAGCACCCCCUGUCUCACCUCUUGCCCCUGUCAUGGGGAGGGCAAGAGGUGAUCGAUCCCCCCCCCCCUCUCUCCAGCUCAGCCGCGGCGAGGGAGCUGUGUGAUGUCUGCGCUCUGCUUCCUCUCGCCGCACGCUGAUGCCGGAAGCCGGAAUAUGACGUCAUAUUCCGGCUCCCAGCUGCAGCAGACAGCCCGCGCGGCGAGAGGAAGCAGAGCGCAGACAUCACACAGCUCCCUCGCCGCGGCUGAGUUGGAGAGAGGCGCCCGCCCCACUGGACCCCAGGGACAAGUCCACGCCAGCACUCCAGGUAGGAGGCUGGGUGGACAUUUUUUUUUAAUUAAAAUGUAAUAAUUUGUUCUUAUGUGUGAGUGUGUCUGUGUGAGUGAGUGUGUCAGUGAGUGUGUGUGUGUCUGUGUGAGUGAGUGAGUGUGUCUGUGUGAGUGAGUGUGUCAGUGAGUGUGUGUGUCUGUGUGUGAGUGUGUGUGUCUGUGAGUGUGUGUGUCUGUGUGAGUGUGUGUGUGAGUGUGUGUGUCUGUGAGUGUGUGUGUUGGUGUGUCUGUCGGUGGUGUGUCUGUGGUGGGUGUGGUCUGUGUGUCUGUGUUGGGUGUGUGUCUGUGUGUCGGUGGGUGUGUGUGUCUGUGUGGUCGGUGUCGGUGGUGUGUGUGGGUGUGUGGUGUGUCUGGGUGUCUGUGUGUGGAUGUGUCAGUCUGUGUGUGAGGUGUGUGUGUGUGUGUCGGUGGGUGUGUCUGUGGAUGUGUCGAUGUGUGUCGGUGUGUGUGUGUGUCUGUGUGAGGUGUGUGAUGUGGCCGGAUGUGUGUGAUCUGUGAGGUGUGUGUGUCUGAAUGUGUCUGUGAGUGUGUGUGUGUGUGCAUAUAUAUAUAUAUAUGCUCACACACACCGCGCAGAGCCGGCGCUAUCUGAGUGCCGGCUCUGCUUUAAGCCUCCAUGGGCCGGCAGGGAGACCAAAGAUCUACCUCACCGGCCCACAGCAGCAUGGAGGGAGGCAGGAGAGGACCCAGGGAGCUCUAGACAGAAGCUCCGCCAGGUUCCUCUCGUGAUAUCUGAGUGUUGCUGCGUCAACGCUCAGAUCUCGCGAGAGUUAACUCUAGCCCUGCAGGCUAGAGUUCACUCUCCACUGGACCACCAGGGAUGGCACAUGGCAGCAAGGAUUUACUAAUCUGCCAAAUCCCUCCAAACAUACAGCACACACAUACAGCACCUACACACAUACAGCUCACACACACACAGUACAAUAACCACACCCUCACAAACACACACAGCACCUUUAAAAAAAAUGCAACACCCUCACACACAGCACACUAACAGCACCCUCACAAACACACACACACACACACACACAAACAGCACCCUCACAAAUACACGACACUCACACAAACAGCACCCUCACAGGACAAACAGCACAGUCACAAACAGCACAGUCACACACACAUACACACAAACACCCUCACAUCACACUAACAGCACCCUCACACACACAUCACACUAACAGCACACUAACAGCACACACAGCAGUGUGUGUGUGUGGAUAUAUCUAUCUAUAUAUAUAGAUAUAGAUAUAUAGAUAGAUAUAUCCACACACACACACACACGCGGCGUGUGUUUGUGCUUUAGGGUGCACACCCAAAUGCAAUAGGCUGCGCACGCCUAUGGUUAGGGGCAUGGAAACCAAUAGGGUAAUUUAGGAGCAGGAACACUAAGAUGGGUGGGGCGGGGCACUAACGGGGUUGGGUUAGGGACAGGGAGACAAAUGGCAGAGGAUUCAUGCAGAUACACAAAUUGCAGAGGGUUAGGGUCAGACACACUAAUAGUGUGGGCGAGGGCCAGGCAUACUAGUGGAAGGGAUAGACAGGUACAUUAUUGGGUGUUUGGAGGGAGAGGCAAACUUUAUAUAGCAGUCAAAGGGAGCCCAACAAUUAUUUUCUUUGUUUUUAUUUUUACUUUUUAUUAUGGCAUUGGUAAACAAUGUUCCAGUUUUUGGCAUCCAAAUAUACCUGAAUGGUAACUGAUAAUUUUUGCUAAUCUGAAAAGAAGACAUUUGGACCUUGUUUAAUCACUAAAUUGUAGUGAAUUGAAAUCUGAAUGGCAAAAACAGAUUUUUGUUCCCAAAUAAUGUAUUUUAGCUUAAAAUUUUGCAUUAAGAUUUCAAUCAAGUUCACAAUUCAGAAUUUGUAGCGAAUAAACCCCGAUCAAUGGUAAUCCUGUGUUAAACCCGAGUCAUCCUCCUGUCUUCUUGUACUGUAGAAGUAGUCCCCUGGUUUUUUUUCACUAAAUAAAACACUGAGCUUCUGAUUGACGUCAUGCCAGUGUUCAGAUAACUUGAAGGACUCUGGAUUCCACAUUUCUCCAAAGCUUCUGUAUGUUCACCAAUUCGGCCCCCUGUCCCCGCUAACUAUGGGGGUCCCAUCUCUUCUGUUGUUGCAGACCCCCCCCCACCCACUCUCUGAGUUUGCUGUAUGACCAUGUGCAGUUCCGGGAAUGUCCCAGACUGAGCCCUGCACGUGCUAUACCUGGGAAAUUCCAGACAGGCAGCACUCAGUUUCUUGCUGGCUUGUAUUCAGCGGCCGCCCAGUCAGUGCACUGUCAGCAUCACUCUGCUCUAGCUACAUACACUGUGUCCCUGCCUUAAGGAGGAGGACCGCCGCCCUGGUCUGAGAAUCAGUGGACUGUCAGGAAUGGACAGCUGACCAUCAUCUAGGUAAGACUACUUCACACGCCUUCUCUAAGCCAUACAUGUUACAGGGCGACAUAGCUUGUUGCUCACAAUACUCCACCGUUAUGUAGAGAACCAUUCUCUCCUCUAGUAAUAACAUGCCGUCGGUAACAGCUAGUUCAAGUUACUAGUUGAUAGAAGUACUCUGUAAACAGAGAGAUGGCAACACUGACUCUACAGCACUUAACUGACAUUCCAAGGGUUAACAUUAAAAUAUGAACAUUCUAGUAGCUUACCUAACCCUAUUCCAGCAAACCGCAUAUACAUCCUGCUAUUAUGUAACGGCUUACAAGCACUGGAAGGAUAAGGGGGAAGGUUUAUUAAAUGGGCGUAUUCACUAAUGCUGUGUAGGUCACGGUUUAGCAAAAUUUGAUUCAAGCAACCAAAUAACUGUAUGCUUUAAAACCAGUAACAGGGUAAUUCAUAAGCUCUAUAAGAAAACAGAUUGCUUGUUUUGGACCCUAAGUACGACUGUGAUCAAAUUGUAACUUUUCAUUUUAUAAACGUUUAUUACAUUUCAUAAAACUUAAAGAACCACUAUAGUGCCAGGAAAACAUACUCGUUUUCCUGGCCCUAUAGUGCCCUGAGGGUGCCCCCACCCGCAGGGUCCCCCUCCCGCCAGGCUCUGGGGAGAGGAAGGGGUUAAACUUACCUCUUUCUCCAGCGCCGGACGGGGAGCUCUCCUCCUCCCCUCCGCCUCCUCUUCGGCUGAAUGCGCAUGCACAGUGAGAAGCACGCAAACGCCUCUAGCGGCUGUCAAUGAGACAGCCACUAGAGGCUUUAGAGGUUGGAUUAACCUAUUUAUAAACAUAGCAGUUUCACAGAAAACUGCUAUGUUUAUAAAAAUAAAUAAAGGGUUAACCCUAGCUGGACCAGGCACCCAGACCACCUCAUUAAGCUGAAGUGGUCUGGGUGCCUAUAGUGGUCCUUUAAUUAUAUACUUUUAAAUGGUGUACAGGCAUACCCCGCUUUACAUACACUCACUUUAAGUACAGACAUACCCCCGUCUGUACGUAAAGGAGCCUCGUGAGUACAGACAUUCCCGCGCCUCUUCCGUCAGCGAGGGAACAGGAAAUGGAAGGUUCUAUUCUCGCCCGGAGCAGCCCAGUUCAGUGUCUUUGGGGCAAGAACUUUUCAUACCUUCUGACAUGGCACAGGUUAAUCAUCUCAAAGUUAUAAUGCCUACUCCUAGCUGAACAUAUAUUUUUUUUUCUGCCCCUAGAUUGUCCUUAUUCUGCAAUCGGCUGCCUUCCAGUGAAAGAGUUUACCCUGCCAUUUUCUAUAACUAUGACUUAGCAGCUUAGCUGCAUUAGCCACAAUUCUGAGGAUUCAAAGUUAAACCAUAAAUGCUUAAAGUGAUGAAGAGGUGUUUCUAAACAAAGUGUGCAACUAAGCUGCUAAUAAAUACAAAUUGGCACUGUAUUGGCAGAAAAUGGCCCAGUGGGCAGGUUCAUUUUACUUUUACUCCCAAUUACUAUUGCAAUGCAGUACAUGCAUUGGGAAGUGAUAAAAAGGAUUGCUUCACUUUAAAGGAACACUAUAGUCACCUAAAUUACUUUAGCUAAAUAAAGCAGUUUUAGUGUAUUGAUCAUUCCCCUGCAAUUUCACUGCUCAAUUCACUGUAAUUUAGGAGUUAAAUCACUUUGUUUCUGUUUAUGCAGCCCUAGCCACACCUCCCCUGGCUAUGAUUGACAGAGCCUGCGUGAAAAGAAAACUGGUUUCACAUUCAAACAGAUGUAAUUUACCUUAAAUAAUUGUAUCUCAAUCUCUAAAUUGAACUUUAAUCACAUACAGGAGGCUCUUGCUGGGUCUAGCAAACUAUUAACAUAGCAGGGGAUAAGAAAAUCUUAAUUAAACAGAACUUGCAAUAAAGAAAGCCUAAAUAGGGCUCUCUUUACAGGAAGUGUUUAUGUAAGUCUGUGCAAGUCACAUGCAGGGAGGUGUGACUAGGGUUCAUAAACAAAGGGAUUUAACUCCUAAAUGGCAGAGGAUUGAGCAGUGAGGCUGCAGGGGCAUGUUCUAUACACCGAAACUGCUUCAUUAAGCUAAAGUUGUUCAGGUGACUAUAGUGUCCCUUUAAGUACAUUUUUGUUUUACAUACAUGCUCUGGUCCCAUUGUUUACUUAAAAGUGGGGUAUGCCUGUAUAUUGUUUUUUUAAUUAAUUACUUUCACUUUUUAUCUGACGGAGCAUCCACAUUGGGUCCGACUACUGUUAUCUGACCAACCUAGGCAUAUUAGGUGGCAUUUUCUCAAAAAAAUCUGUAUAAAAAACGAGAAGUGAAAAUUUGAUAACAGUUGUUCUUUAACAUAGUCAUGUCAUGCCGUGAUGUUUGCAGUAGCUGACCAGACAGGAGACACAGCACCUGCUCUGUUCACCCCAUUCCCUCCACUGGCUGCAUCUCUGACUGGGAGCCAUUUUCUACUGAUGCUCCUGCUGGUCAAAGACUGGAAGAGGGCAUUCAGAAGAAUCUGAACAUUUUAGGUACAGAACUGUCUGGCAACCCACUAGACCACCAUGGAAGGAAUGCUCCUAGUUUUAUGCUUCUAAAGUCCAUGCUGCUCACCUUGUUUACUCCUUCUACUCUAGUUUUCCUCUUAAGUCUGCUCCUUCCUGCCCGGUGGGCAGUUUUCAUGCCGGAUGCAGACUGUGCUUACCUCCGGUACGUUCCUACGCUGCUGGUCGGAGUCCGGAGGGUGCCGCAGCAGACUCCAUUGCUGCAGGCUUUAGAGUCAGCAUCUUCUCGCCACAAAUUUCACGCUGAUAGACGCCGUACCUGUGCGCCUUCUUAUCAGGUUGGAGACAAAGUGUGGCUCUCCACGCUUAGUAUUAAAUUAAAGGGUCCUUUUUAAACUAGCUCUUAGAUAUAUUGGUCCAUAUGUAAUUUCUAGAAAAAAAUAUUUGGUUUCUUAUGUUCUGGUACUCCCUUCUGCCAUGCGCGUACCAAUGUGUUCCAUGUGUUCCUACUUAAGCCUUUGGUGUGUAACAGAUAUACUAUAUAAUCUAUUAUACCUGCAUUAUUGCCGUUGAAGAGUAUGAGGUCAGUCCAUUCUUGAUUCCAGAUUCUCUCAUAGAGGUUUCCAGUAUCUUAUUCAUUAGAAGGGUUAUGGUCCGGAGGAAUGCUCCUGGUUUUAUGCUUCUGAUGUCCAUGCUGCUUGCCUUGUUUACCCCUUCUACUCUAGGAUUCCUCUUAAGUCUGCUCCUUCCUGCCCUGUGGGCAGUUUUCAUGCCAGACGCAGACUGUGCUUACCUCUGGCGCAUUCCCACCCAACCGAUCAGGGUCUAUAGGGUGCUGCAGCAGACUCCAUACCUGCAGACAGCGCUCACAUCCGGUACACUUACAAACACCUGCCACUGCACAGUGGGGCCAUAUAAAGGCUCUGCCUAUGAAAAUGAUGUUAAUGUGCGUGACAUUGAGAAUAACGAAUCACAGUCCUCUUUUGGGUAAUUAAACUUGUUUUGGCCCUAUGCCCAGUCAUGUUUUCCUAUUCUAGUUAAUCCGAGGGAGCGUUUAUCUAUUGAUUAUUGUGUAUAUUUGACUUUUGGCCUUUCUGAUGCCUAUUGUCCUUGACCUUGGCUUAUUUCACCGUUUACCUUCUUUCUGUACUCCUGACCUUGCUCUGUUUAUUAUUGUAUGUACGUUAAAUUCGGCUAUUCUAAGGACCGGUAAAACUUUUAGGUAUUUUCUGUUUACCGUACUAGGUUCAGGUUGUUGGGUGUCUGUCAAUACUGACAUACAUAUUGUAUUUUUUUCUGCUUAUUUCUUAAAGGGACUCCCCAGGCACCCAGACCACUUCUGCCCAAUGGAGUGGUCUCCGUGCCAACUCCCAUCACCCUUAAUCCUGCAAGUGUAAUUAUUGCAGUUUUUAUAAACUGCAGUAAUUACCUUGCAGGGUUAAGUCCUCCUCUAGUGGCUGUCUAUCAGACAGUGACUAGAGGGACUUCUGGGUUCUUAAAACCCGAAAAGUGUUUUAAACGAUGCUGGACGUCCAAACGCUAGCAUGAGGACCUCAACAUCUCUGGAGUACAAUACCCUCUAUGUCAGGGGUAGGCAACCUUUUAGCAGCACUGUGCCGAAAUAUGAUUGUGAUGUCCCAAAGCAUGUUGCCAUAUUCUGCUUGUGUUAUUUAUACUGCAUUUGCUUUAUAUUGUUGCAUUUGUGCGUAUAUGAGCUAUUUGUUCAUUAAUAGUUUGUGAUAUCAUGUAUAAUACCUAUGAAUUUGGUCUGUGUAUGGGGGCUGCUUGUGGAAUUGUGUGUGGAUGGAUAUGUCACAUUGUGUAUUUGGUAGUGUGUGUAUGCGUGGGGCUGUUUGGGGUAUUGCAUGUGGGGUUGUGUGCAUGUAUGUGGAUUGUUGGUGGUGUUGUGUUUGUGCGGACUGUGUGUGUGUUUGUCUUAUUUGUAUGAGGGGAAGGUUAUUCUGCAGCUCUGAUGCUUCCCUGGGUGGGGACCAGGUUGGCCAGGUACAGCUCAAGGACAGAAGCUGCAACAGGAAGCUGUGGGCUGCUCUACUCCAGUGUGGAUUCCCAUUCACAAGUGCUGGGAGGAAGUGAUCUGAGAUCACUUCUUCUACUUGCUGCAAUGCAUAAAUGGAGGAUUGUCUUUCAUCACCUUUUCGUAUUAGCAGAUAUCUGAAGUUUCACUGGGACUCCUGACAGGCCAGAGCCUGUUUGGCUCUUGUAGCCUUGAGUGCCGUGCAUGGCACUAGUGCCGUAGGUUGCCUACCCCUGCUCUAUGUAUACCUUUGCAAAGGAUUAAUCAUAACCCUUAUCCUAGCAAGAGUGUUAGAAUAAUUCUCUCCGAUAAUAUCAGCAGAGGGCUUCACUUGCUGACGUCAUCAGAGCCAUUCCCUAAUUCUUACCCUUAACGUUAUCAUUUAUAUUAAACUUAGACCAUAACACUAACAUUGAGCAGAAAGUGUACCUGAACAAAUAUAAUCAAAAUAGAUAAUUAAAAUAUGGUCUUAACUCCAUAUUUAUAUACAGACUGAAACAAACGUAACACUGUUAGAAAUCCAGGAGUGGGAUAUGACGUCAUUCUGGCAUCGGCAUUACUACUAGGCAUGUGAGGGACCUGUGCAGGAAGAGCACAGAGAUACCAGCCCAGAAUCAAAUACUAGCCACCAGGGACAGAGGAUUCACUCCAUCCCAGAGCAAGGUAGGGAGGCUGCGUGGAUCUCUUAAGUACUAAAUGUAUAUGAAUGUGAUUUUUUUUUGUGUGUGUAUGCCAGUAAUUAUGUAAUUGUGUGGGUUUGUGUGUAUGUCUGUGAUUGUGUAUGUAUUUAUGUAAUUGUGUGUGUUGGUCUGUGAUUGUAUGUGUGUGUAUAUCUGUGGUUAUGUGUGCAUAUGUAUAUUUGUAUGUGUUUAUGAAAUAGCUUCCUAAUUUGGUAUCAUUAAUUAUGGCAAUCCUACAUAAUCCCACAUAUGGCAAUCCUUCCAUGUGUUUCAAUUCCCCUCCCCCCCGUCCCUGCAUGUGUCUCAAUCUCCACCCCAGUCCCUCCCAUGUGUCAGUGUACCAAACAUAUCCACAUUUAUAUACACACACACAAUAACACAAUAGGUGUAUGUCCAUGUGUGUAUAUCUGUGAUUGUGUGUGUGUGUGUGUGUGUGUGUAUGUAUGUAUGUAUAUAUAUAUAUAUACACACACACACACGUGUGUAUGUAUGGGAUGUUUGCGUGUGUAUAUCUAAUUAUGUGUGUUUGUAAUUGUAUGUGUGUGGGUCUGUGAUUGUUUAUGUGUGUGGUUGUGUGUGUAUCCCUGUAGUUAAGUGUGUGUGUGUGUGUAUGUAUAUAUAUAUAUAUAUAUAUAUAUAUACACACACACUUAACUACAGAGAUACACACACAACCACACACAUAAACACAGACAUACACAAUCACAGACCCACACACAUACAAUUACAAACACACAUAAUUAGAUAUACACACGCAAACAUCACAUACAUGCACACAUUUAAUAAUUAAGAGGUCCACCCAGCCUCCCUACCUUGCUUUGGGAUGGCUAGAGUGGAUCCUCAGUCCCUGGUAGUCAGUGGUUGCUGCUUGGAUCCCUGUGCUCUUCAUGCACACGUCCCUUGCACAUCCUGUAAUAUGACACCGAUGCUUGGAUGAUGUUAUGUGCCAACUCACUGCAGGGCGAAGACAGUCAGAUACAGACAGAUGUACACCGUACCAAACACAUAGUCACUUGCACACUGUCAAAUGCACAGCUGCAGGUAGACAGUAACACACACAGUUACAGACAGACAGUCUCACACACACACACACACACAGCUACAGGCAGACAGUCACACACACAUACACACACAAUUACAUGCAGACAGUCACACUCAGUCCCAGGUAAACUGUCACAGGCAGACAUUCACAGGCAUAGACAGUCACAGUCAGACAGUCACAGAUGCAGUCCCAGGUAGACAGUCACAGGCAGACAUUCACACACAGUCACAGACAUUUACAGGGAGACAGUCAUAGACGCAGUCACAGGCAGACAAACACACAGUCACAGCCAUAGAGUCACAGGCAGACAUUUACACACACAGGCACAGGCAGACAGUCAUAGACGCAGUCACAGGCAGACAUUCACACACAGUCACAGAUAGUCACAGGCAGACAUUCACACACAUACAUACUCUCUCUAUCUCUUACUUACUGGUGGAGGAGUGGAGUCAGUGAGUCCCUGGUGUGUUGGAGUUGGGGAAGCAGGGACUCCUGCUUCCCCUCAGUGUGCUGCAGUGAAAGGCAGCAAAUGGAGGCUGGCUGUAGCUCCACCCCUGCAUCCGGUUUGGUUCCGCCUCCACGACCAAGUUGGCUCUGCCCCCAAUUCUCCGUGCAGUACUUCUGUACUGCUGAAUUCCCAGCCCCUGCAUGUGUGAGCUGUGUGGCUCCCGGCACCCUGUGCAGCCACACAGCUCACAGAGUCACAAGCCUGGCCAGCCCUGGAGGCACCCCCUGCCCCCCCUUAGUACGCCACUGCCUCUACCCCAUCCGCUUGGCCAUGCUACUUGUUCUGACCGGCAGGGAGGAGGAGCGCUGUGCUCGUAUACUGUCGGUCACUCUGCGACCGCGAUCCCAGGCCUCACCAGCCGUGAAGUGAUGGCAGCCCAUGGGCAGCUGUGGCUGGGCCCCCUGUAGUGACAGGACUGGUCGCAGCUGCGAAGCUUGCGACCGUGGUAGUUACGCCACUGCACCUAUGGCAUUAGCUAUCAGAAUAGUAAGCUAAUGGCAGCUUUUUGUAAUGAUAGCUUGUAUUAGAACUGCCACUACAUUUGCUAUCAUUGUUAGUAAAUUUUACCAUUUGGUUUCAUAUUUCCAACAUAAGGUUCUGGAUUUAAAGUGAACCUGUAAAGGAAAAAAAUUAAAUACCUUAAAUCGCUUCAAUAUAUCAUAAAGAUAAAUAGUGUAUUCAGUUUAAAAUAUAAAGAUUUAUUAACUUUUCAUCCUUACCAGGGCCACUUUAUGGGUAUUUCUCUUCAUAUAACACCCACAUUCCAGGCCGCUCUUUGUUACACCGGUACUCAGACUCUGAUCUUCUUCGAUUUGCCCUGUCCACCCACACCAUGGCCCUUAAUGGAGGUAUGGGAUUACACACUUCCUCCGAGUUGUAACAGUACCAGAAAUGGGUGUUGUGAUAGUCUUAAAGUUUCUCAGGUAAUCACAAUAACUCAUUGCUGCUCAGGCUAAUACUUUCUCAUUAGUCCAAGCCGCACAGAGGACUUUAGUUUAGCAUUAAUACACUAAAAAUGGUUUAGCGCUAAAUGGAAGGAUGGUGCCAGGGGACUCCAGACACUGUACCAAUUUGAAUGUGGUGACUCCCAUUACCAUACUUGCAGUGUCCGUUUAAACUGAAUGUGCAAUAUUUUGAACCUGCCAUUAUUAUAUAUAUAAAAGUAUUCUGUCAACUUGGUUUACUCACAAAACACCAAACAGUAGUGAUUUGAAAAGUGUAAUUUUAGAUUUAGACUAAAAUAUCCAAGCUGAGACUAUUGCUUAAUUGAAGACUUUUUUCAAACCUGCUAUAUUUGGUUUUCAGUUCGCUACAAUUAAUAAAUUCCUAGAUGUUUUUGAUGUUUAAUAAAUUCCUUGGUAUUGAUUUAGAUCAAAGCAAACUUUGAUUAAUUGUCUACCUACUCCUUCCAAAUUGAUUAAUUAAUGCGUGCAUGCUCUUCCUAGAAGUAAUUCACACCGGAGACAAAGUUUCAGAUUAGUGAAAAACCUGAGGAAUGCUUAAUUCCCCAGAGUGGGAGCCCCUUUUAAAGCAGAAAUACGUCAUGUACAGAGUCACAGUUAACAUACAGUAUAAUUGGUUAACAGUCUAAGGGGUCUUGUGUAAACCCACCCUACAGGAUGUAAUGUCAUCAUUACAGAGUUUUCCCACCCACAUUCCAGCUCCAUCUUGGUUACACGAUUGGAGAGGGAGUGAGUAGUUACUGAACAGAGAGGGGCUGAAGGGGAAACAGUUACUUUAACAACGAUUCUCCAUUUUGUUACACGUGGCACAUAGCUGUUAGCUUGCACAAAGGAAGUGGGGGAGGAGUUAGUAAAGGAAGCUGUUCUUUUAACACAGGAAUUUGUUACACGAGGCUUGCUCGAUGGGAAUGGGGGAGGAUAGCCGGAUGGGAGGAAUUUACAGAGGAAAUAGUUACUGAGCACACAUGUACACAGUAAAAAAUAAAUUUUAUCCUUUCAAGUAUUUUGUCCAUAACAGUAUUUUUGAUGCUCUGUCAAUAUAAACACUACACAAUAUAAGCCACAACAUUAGCCGGUUAAUGCCGUUUAUGGCGUACUAUGCCACCUGCACAAAGUGGGCUUAAAUGCCGUUAGACUGCGUAAUAGUUUGCAGCCCUCUUAGCAUAUUAUACUUACCAUGCCCGGUGAUCCUGAUCUGAAGAGGACUACCUGACAACCCAGUCAGUUCCCCUGCAGUCCCCAAUCUGGCUCUUCUGGGCCAUGUGAUCGCAAUGGCAUCGUGCUCAUAUAACCAGGUCGGCAGUUUGAAUCAUUGUCUGUAGGGGGACUGCCUGGGUAGUGAGGCAGUCCCCCAAAACCUGCAAAAAAAUAGUGAAAAAAAAAUAAUUAAAGCAUAUAUAUAUAUUUUGGGACUACUAAAAAAGACUCAACAUAACCCAUUUUGAAUACCCUGGGUUGUCUACUUUUGCAAAUAGUAUGCCAUUAUUGGGUUAGUUCUCAUUCUUGGUCUAAAAGGCAAGAUAGGCCCUGCAAAACAAUCUGGCAAGCUGAAAUAGACAAUACCUAUAUUUGACCCAGUACCUUUCCAAAACCCCAUAAAAUCUGUACAGGGGGGUACUGUUGCACUCGUGAAACAUUGCUGAACAAAAAAAAUAUGAGUGUUUUACAGCAUUGUAUAUUGAUGAUAUCAUCAGUGAAACUGCAGUUUUUGUGUGAAAAAUGCAAAAACAAUAAUGAACACUGGCUUUGGCCAGGGUUUGUGACUAAGUAGCUACUAAAAAAUACGUACAUUUUUGAAUACCCUCGACUGUCUACUUUUGCAAAUGCUAUGCCAUGAUAAGCUUAAUUAUCAUUCCUGGGCUGCCAUACGGUCUCUGAGGCAAGCCAAUCUAGAAAAUUUCAGUGUUUAAAAACUGAAAAGUUAAAGGUGCUGUAUUUAAUCUUGUCAAAGGCUGGGGUGUAUUAGGCAGCAAGUGAACAGUCAGUUCUCGGAAGCAGGAAAAAUGGGCAAAUGAAAAGAUCUAAAUGACUUUGACAAGGGCCAUAUAGUGAUGCCUAGACAACUGGAACAGAACAUCUCCAAAAUGGCAAGUCUUGUGGGGUGUUUCUGGUAUGAAGUGGUUAGUACCUACAAAAAGUGGUGCAAGAAAGGAUAACUGGUGAACCGGCAUCAGGGUCAUGGGUGCCAAAGGCCCAUUGAUGUACUUGGGUGGUGAAAGCUAGCCCAUCUGGUUUAAUCACAACAAAGAUCUACUGUAACUCAAAUGUCUUGAAAACUUAAUGCUAGCCAUGAGAGAAAGGUGUCAGAACACACUGUGCAUGGCAGUUUGCUGGUUAUGGGUCUGCUUAGUCAGAAUGCCAUGAUGACCCCUGUUCAUUGCUGAAAAAACUUUUAAUUAGGACUUGAGCAGUGGAGAAGGUUACCUGGACAAUGGAGCAAUGGAAGAAGGUUGCCUGUUCUAAUAAAUCAUGUUUUCUUUUUGAUCAGGUGAAUAGUGUGCAUUGUUUACCUCCUACACCCCUUCAUGGCAGUGGUGUUCCCUGGUAGCAGUGACCUCUUUCAGCAGGAAAAUGCACCCUUCCACACUGUAAAAACUUGUUCAGGGGUGGUUUGAGGAACUUGACAAUGAGUUCAAGGUGUAGCUUUUGCCGGCAAAUUCCCCAGAUCUCAAUACAAUUGAGCGUCUCAGGGAUGUGUUGUAACAACAAAUACAAUUCAUAGAGACCCCAUGUUACAACUUGCAGGACGUAAAGGAUCUGCUGCCAAUAUCAGAUAGCACAGGACAAGUUCAGAGGUCUCGUGAAGUCCAAGGCUUUGCACAUCGGAUUUGUUUUGCAGGUAUGAGAGGGACAUACACGCUAUUAGCCAUGAGGUUUUAAUGAUCUAGCUGACCCCAUUUGGCUCAUAAAGAACAGGAAGCUGGGAUAUAGAUAUAAUUGCUAAAAGUAAAAAGACAUUCAAUAAAAGCACAGUGGGGAUGAGUUAUUAAAGUUUUCUAUACUGAUAAAUGGAGCAAAAUUGAAGGGAGGAGUCAGCAGUGGAAUGUCCCUAAUGGUUCCACUGGUUUUCAUGGUGAUUGCCUCAGUUUUAGUGCUUUAAAUCAUAUUUGGGAAAAAUAAAUGUAAUACAUCUCUACCAGUCUCUUGCUGCCUCAUGAUAAUAAAUCUUGGCCAUGUGUUUAUUUUACCCAAAAUGGAAAACAUCCUUUGCAGUCACCCAUUAUUACUUUAAACAAGAUGAAGAUGUAAUUUUAAUUUAAUUUAAUGUAACAAACUUUUCAAAUACAGUGAGGGAAAAAGUAUUUGAUACCCUGCUAAUUUUGAACAUUGGUAGGUGUAUUUUAACAGUGAGAGACAGAACAACAAAUAAAAUUCAGAAAAAUGCAUGUCAAAAAAGUUAUAAAUUGAUUUGCAUGUCAAUGAGUGAAAUAAGUAUUUGAUGCCCUAUAAAACAGCAAGAUUUAUGGCUCCCAGGUUUCUUGUAUACAGGUAACGAGCUGAGAUUAGGAGAACUUUCUUAAACGGAGUGCUCCUAAUCUCAGCUCAUUACCUCUAUAAAAGACACCUGUCCACAGAAGCAAUCAAUCAGAUUCCAAACUCUCCACCAUGGUCAAGACCAAAGAGUUGUCCAAAGAUGUCAGGGACAAGAUUGUUGACCUACACAAGGCUGUAAUGGGCUAAAAGACCAUUUCCAAGCAGCUUGGUGAGAAGGUGACAACAGUUGGUGCGAUUAUUCGCAAAUGGAAGAAACACAAAAUAACUGUCAGUCUCCCUCGGUCUGGUGCCCCAUGCAAGAUGUCAUGGAGAUCUCAUCUCCUCGUGGAGUUUCAAUGAUCAUGAGAACGGUGAGGAAUCAGCCCAGAACUACAUGGGAGGAUCUUGUUAAAGAUAUUCUCCAGAGCCAAGAAAACAAACCCGUUGAAGAAGUCUAGCUGAGAAAAUGUUUGAGAAAAAGGCAGGCAAGAAGAAUACUAAAGCAAUAAUUACAUAAAUGGGAUUUAAUAGGAAGAUGGCAAAACUAAGGAAUGAGGGGGAAAAAAUGAGGGGAACUUUAUGGGGAAUAAAUUGGAAAAAAAAAUCUUCCAUCAUGCAGUUCCUUGGAUAUGAAGGUGAGAGAAGACUGAUGGACAGACACCACAAGACAGUUUCAGGAGGGGAAAGCCAAGCUCUUUUUGUGAGUGAGUGAGUGGCAAUAGGUUUGAGGAACUAGUAAGAUAGUAGAUGUUAUUUUUUUUUCUGUGGAUAUUCCAAUGAGUGCACUGAAAAGGGGAAGUAGAAUCAGAAAAUACACGGUGUAUGCAUGUGAGUAGCAUGAUUUGAAGGGACACCAGGUCUAGUAUGAGAAAGGGGGGAUCUGACAUUUCACCACCCGGUAAAAGCAAAAAGAAGGAAAGUGAGAGAGGGGUGAGAAUAGCACUUUACAGAAUAGUUGAAAAGAAAAGUUGGCUUAGAAAUGGAAGGAGGAAAGAGAAUGUGAUAGCACAUGUACAGAAGAAAAUGGUGAUUGGCUAAGGCAGAAAUUAGUAAUAAGGGAUUAAUACAGAAAGUGUAUGAGAAUUGUAAAUGGAAAAAGAAGACAAAAACAGGAACAAAGAAAGAGAAGUGAGGGAGAAAAGGGAACUAUAUUAAAGCAGGGGAUGCUGCUAGGAAGGUUGAGAGGAAAUAAUAUAAACACAGCGCUGCUGAAUUUGUUGGUGCUUUAUAAGUAAUAAUAAUACUUUAGGCACCCAGGUCACUUCAUCUCAAUAAGGUGGUCUGGGUGCAUUGUACUCCCCACUUGUUGUAACCCUGCAGCUGGAAACAUGGCUGUUCUGUUUUCAUUGCAGGGUUAACCUGCCUCUAGUGCUUGUCAUACUGAAAUAGCAGAGUAUGAGAGUAUGUGGUAUAUUGACUAGUGUGCACACUAGCUUUCAUGCAGAGAUAUGCACUGUGAGGGAGAAAGGGUAAGAAAACUCACCUUUUUAACCCUUGCAGUGGGGACCUGGUGACCUAAAUGGUGACUAGGGCACUAUGGCUUAUGAAUACAGAUUUGUAUUCCUAACGCUAUAGUGUUCUUUUAAAGAGCUACUCCAAGCACCAUGACCACUUCACUGAUUUGAAGUGGUCAUGGUGCCUGGAGUCUACAUGUGCAACGUUUCCAUAUGUAACUGCUGCACAUACCUAGUAACCUUGCACCUGCACUUCUGACAGCGUACUUGGGACAAUAUUAGCCAGUCUAGAACAAGAAUUCCAAACUGGCUAAUAUCACUUCUAUGCAUAUUGGACAUUUGUCAUCAGCAUGCACUGAGAUCACGGAUCAUAUAACAAAAUCCAUAAAAAUAUGUUAAAUUAUGUAAAGGAAACAAAGCAUGGGUAAACCUAAGGACAUGUUCUAUAUAUGUAUGUAUGUUGUACACUCACACCUGGGGACUAAGGUGGCAGUUACACUUUGUACUCCCACUUUCCCACAUCUUACAUGCCAAUUCUAGGUACCCCACAAAAGGGUAAAUUUGGUUUAUACAUUUUAUAUAUCAGUCUGUGAGUCGUACAUUCACAUCUUAAGAACUAGGUGGAAAGUGACUUCCCGAGCUCCUGCUUGGAGGUUGGGGAUCUUUCCUCAAUGCAUAGCCAUGACAGCUUUGCAUUCCGUGGAAAUGCAUACAAAAUGCCUGAUGGCUCCAUCCCACAGCAUAGUGGCUUACAUAGUACCUUAGAUCACUGGGGGUCCAGCAGUGUGUGUUUGUGGGGAAUACACCUCUCACUCACCUGAAUUAAAUAGAAUUCUGGGUUAAGAUAUGUAUCUCUUUGAUGUGCCCCUUUUGGACAAUUUCAUUGGAUAAUAAAAUAAGCACGUUUGAUAAAAAAAAAAGUACUCUGAAUGUACUUGCUGAAGACUGAAUGUCCAGCUUGCCCCAGUAUUGGACCUGCUCCAGAUCAAAGAUGGAGACAAACUGUUCUGUGAAAGCUGAGGAAAAAUGCUAAUAUUUCUUUGAAAUCUUACUUGUAAUCGAAACGGGUAAAUAUAAUUUGAUACAUACAUUUUUAAAAUUGUUUAUUGAAUAGAAUUUUAGAUAAGUAAGAAAAAUUAAAACAAACUGAUGCAUUGUAACAGUUUAUAAGAGCUUGAUUUCAGAUAGGCACAACCUGUAUGUGUCACCUUUCAUUAUGUGAUGUGUACUGGAAGGCACAGAAACUCCCUCUAAAUAUGAACUCUACAGGUUAAUAUAUCAGGUUUAUGCUUUGAUUCCUGUUUGUAUUGACUGGUUUGUAAGUGGAUCCGAAAAAAAGAUAAACACAACAGCACCUAAUUGAAUUAACUGCAGCUCUAUUUCUACCACUAGCUGGCACCAAAUGACUAUAAUCGCUUUUAAAAUGAUUUAUCUGUUAUUAUCAUAUUUACCACUAGUUAGUACCAAAUAAUUAUUAUUACUUUCAACUGUGACAUUAUUAACAGCAUGACAUUGUUUAUGAACACAAAACAUUUUAUGUAUUUUAUUUUUCUUAAUGGUUGGGUUUCAUAACUUUUAUGGGAUUUCACAUCGCUUUAAUUUAGAGGAAAAAAAAAACAUGUAAUUGUUAAUCUACUGAUCAUCUGUUAUAGGGGUAUUAACAGCAAAAUGUGUCUGUCUGUCUGUCUCCCUGCCUGUCUGUCUAUCUAUUUAUCUAUCUAUUUUGUUCUUAUGAUUUUCAUGGUCUGUAUUGAAUUUUGUAAGUGACCAUAGCCUUCUAUUAACAAUUUGUGCAAUUGUGGAUGUGUUUUAGUGGUACAAUCUAUUUAAUAAAAGUAUUUAUUAAUAUUUAAUCAUACCUUACUGGGAACUUUAUUGUUGUUUAGCUUGUUCAUAUUCUUAAAGCUGCACUAUUCAACAAAGCACUGAGGGUUCAUCUUCUCGGACUCUCACAAGCUGCAGCCCAACGUGAUUAACGCAUUUCUCCAGGCUUUCUCAAAGUCCAUACUUUGAGAAAGGCCGAAAAUACAGGGGAAACGCAUGGAUGAGUAAAUCAGUUGCCUUGCCGAACACUGUAGCCAAUGGCUACGCUGUUAGAAAAUAUGCUUGCUUUUAAUUUAAUAAAGUAUUGCAUGUAUUGGUGGUGCACCACAAGUGUUUUCUACUGAGGGACAUGCGGUCCCCACUUAGCGUGAGAGUCAGCACUUAGGGUGUUGUUGUUGGCUCUGUUCACUGAACUGCACUCCGCUAUUGGAGUAUGUUUACCUUGUGCAGAUAUCUGAAUUUGUCAUAGAAGAUUACAGAAUACUAUGUAAUACUGUCCUGUCAUCUCCUACAUAAUAUUGGUUAAACCCUUAAGGACCAAACUUCUGAAUAAAAGGGAAUCAUGACAUGUCACACAUGUCAUGUGUCCUUAAGGGGUUAAAGUAUGUGCUUUAAAAGUUGAAGAGACUCCCUAUUGAGGUGUAUGGUGAUGGUAAGAUGUAAAGUGCUUCUACACAAUUGGAAGCUUUAUUCUGUUUAUUCUAGAUCUUGGUCUAGUUUAUAUUUAACCCUAUUAGUGUUGGAGAACUGGAAGAAAGUCCUUGAAUGUUUUAUUCCUGGAACAUUGGACUUUUAAUAUUGGACUAUACUCCGUUAGUUGGCUAAAAGGCCAUUCCUCCUAUAUGUUUAUAUAUAUUUUGUUUUAUUUUCAUGAAUUUUAUAUUGUGCACCAACCCAACUUCUGUGCAAUUUAAUAAAUUUCAUUCUGUGAGAGGAUUAGAGGAAUGCAGCAAAUGUACUAAUCGGCAUUAAUAAGUUAUUAUACAAGAGGAUUUAUUUUUUAAAGAGAAAGCUCCUUAGAUUAUUAACAUUACAUCCACCUUAUCUAUAAGAAAACGUGACUUAUCACACCAGGCAACCUUCUUCCAUUGUUCCAUGGUCCUGUUGUGAUGCUCAUGUUCCCUUUGAAAGCUAUUUCGGCAGUGGACAGGGGUCAUCGUGGUCACUCUGAUUAGUCUGCAGCUAAACAUGCACUGUGUGUUCUGACACUUUUCCAAUGUAGCCAGCAUUAAGGUUUUCAGCAAUUUGAGCUACUGUAGCUCUUCUGUGUGAUCGGACGAGACAGGCUUGUCUUUGCUCCCCACGUGCAUCAAUGAACCUUGGGCUCCAAUGACCCUGAUGCCAGUACACUGAUUGUCCUUCCAUGCACUAGCUUUGGCAGGUACUAACCACUGCCUAGCAGGAACACCUCACAAGACAUGUUAUUGUGGAGAUGCUUUGAUCCGGUCCUCUAGCCAUCAUUAUUUCACCCUUGUCAUAGUCACUCAUCUUUUCGCUUUCUCAUUUUUCUUGCUACCAACGUGUGAAAAUCAAGAACUGGCUGUCCACUUGCUGCCUAUUAUAUCCCUCUCCUUGACGGGUGCAAUUGUAACAAUAUUAUCAAUAUUAUUCACUUUGCCUGUCAGUGGUUUUAAUGUUGUGGCUGAUCAGUUUAGUACUCUGCAUUUCGUCAGAGAUUAGGUGUCACAAAGUGGUUUAUUACACAUUUUAGAGUUUAGGGUAAGAGUUAAGAGGAGCAAAGAACAACAGGGACAUAUUUAUAAAGACAAAAUCAACUGCUAUUGUAGGGCUAAGUAAGAGACAGACACCAUGCAAACCAGUAAAAUGUUAUUACUGGCAUUUGCUAUAGCUCCAAAAUAUUCUGCAGCACUAUAUAUUAUUAUAAAAGGGGGAUAACAACACAUGAGACAAACUAUUACAAAUUGUGACAGGAACAAAAGGUUGAUUAGGACCCUGCCGGAACAAGUUUACAAUCUAGAGAUAAUGUAUUUCAAUGUUGAAUGUGUUUCCAGAUAGUAGUAUCUGUUGUGCCUUUUCAAAUGGGCUCAUAGAGCGCUUUGAGUCCCAAAAAUAAGCUGUACUUUCAAAAGAAGUUUAAAUGGAAAAUAUGGAUUAUUCACAGCUGGAAAUGCAGCAGUACUUUUUAAAUUGUUUGUGGCUAAGUGGGUGAUGUUAGUGGGGUGGAGUGCAUAUAAUUAUCUGGGGAUCUGUGUAGGCACAUUAAUAUUAUUACAUCACUCUUGUGCAUGUUGCUCCUCGCUAUAUUUCCACACGCAAGCAAUUAUAGUGCCUUUUUUCAAGUUUCUAGAUCUACACAGUGUGCAAAGUUGCAAAACAGGUGCAAUUCCAAAAUGGAAAGUGACGGAAUACAUUUUUCCGUGGUAAUUUCCCUUCUUUUAGAACUUUUCACCACUUUUCACACUGCAUUAGUUUGAUAAUCUUCCCCCAAGUCUACCAUCAGGAGCUGGUGUAAUGUGGCAGACGUUUACACAGGGUUAUUGUGAAAGUUUUUUUAAAACUAAAGUGAUUUAGCUUAAACUUUUAAAUCCACUUGACGUUUCUGACAAUUCACAUUAAAGGCUUUUAUUCAGUCAACACAAAACUGCAGUGAACUGACGGACAAAUUACAAAAAAAAAAUCUAAAAUGCUAAAAUACUCAAAAUGUGACUAUGGACUUUUUGCCUAAAUUUCCCGAUCUACGUUUAAGUUCCCUAUACAGCUCAGUUUUUAUUUUUUUAUUUUAUUGAAUACCCUUGUUAGUGUAUGAGGCUAUAUGACACAUACGUGUGUCUCUACCGUCUUUUAGCUUGUCUUAGUUUCCAAUUAAAAUCUAAUAAUACUUUUUCGAACGCCUAUAGUGUUAACAUUUAUUUAGUACCCUCUGCCAAAUAUUGUUGUGAAGCCCUAUAGCUUUAAUAGUGCACAAGCAGUGGAGUUAUUUCUCCUUUUCUAUCUAUAAAGGAUGGGUGUGGAAGGCAUAUAAUUACACCUGCUGCUUGCUAGGGCUAGGAGAACCAGGGGUCAUAUUGCGCAACCAUGUGCUGUAGGUUUACGGUAAUUCCCGCCUAUGUUCUGACGCCCUCUAUGUUUUUUCCAAGCGACAGCCAAUAGGCGCCUCGCAAUCGGCAUCCACUGUGCUGUGAGUGGCUGUUCCCCGGAAGGCGAGGGCUGGGCUGACAUGGAAUAUAAAAAGGCUCCGGAGUUUCCCCGGGCAGUAGAUUGUAUCGAUCGUCGCGUUCCUGGCAGUGAGCUCACACAUUGGGACACUUUCCAAAAACGCCCCAGCUGUACGCAGCACCAGAGUCAGCGACAUGAUCGUCCAGAGGGAUUUCGAGGAGUCUCUGGAGCUGCUAGAUCAGGAGAUGAGCAGCCCCAUGAACCUUUCCUACUUUUACGGGGGGUCAGCGAGUUCUGAGUCGGGGUCCUCCCCAACUCACUCCAUUGCCUCUAGUCCUGGUUCCCCGUCUUCAGACUGUGACUCAGUGGGGAGCCUGAGUGCCUCCUGGCCCAGCACCAAGAGAGGUAAAGCAUCUGGGGUACCUUACUCUGAUACAUCCGAACUGGACUAUAGGGGUGACAACAGCAUGUGUCAAGUGUCUCUGAUUUAUUAUUGUUAAUGAGUGUUUUAUUACAUAAUGAAAAUAUAGAUGCAGGAAAUUAAAAAAAAAUGUGAAUUACAUUUCUUUUGUUACAUAUAUACAAUACAGCUCCUGUACUCUCGAUUAAUUAUUAUUUUUAGUAUGUGUGUAAUUUGAGACUGUGAUCUACAAUGUAUCAAAAGUUAGUGUGCUAGAUUAAUACAAACUAAUAAUCAGGUUUAGGAUGUUGUUUAAGGAUUGCUUUUUCAGAAAUGAAUAGACUUCAGACUACUUUUCAGAAAUACACUUCAGAACCUUGGAAAAUUAAAAGGAUUAAUGCGGGUCCUAUGGAUGCUCUUGGCUUCGUAUAGUUUUGUUGUUUGCUUGUUUCAGGCAUAAGUAAUUGUUGGCUUCUGACUCUUCAGUGGAUGCAUUGAACGUCAAAGUGUUUUAUCACAACAGUAAUUUGCCCCAUGAGGUUGCAGUCGAUGGCAGGAUAUUGCAAUGCAUCAUUUUGGCUGAUGCAUGUAUAUGCUACAUGAGGUGCUUAAAAAAAAUUGCUAAAUUUCAGGUUUGGAUUAUCCUUGUUGAAUGUAAUUUUUUUUUUUUUUUUUUAACUGAUGAAAUGUUUUGUCAUUUUGCUGGCAUUAUUGUUUACCUAAUUUUAUAAUUGGCUUAAGAAAAAGUUUGUUCAAGAAAAACCUCUUGUGUGGUAGAGCGUUCAGAGAAUGACUUUGCUACAUUGACGUCAUGCAUGCAAUUUCAAGGUGCGCCCAAAGGACGCUGAAAAACUGGUUUAGUUUGCUUUGUCUUACAGAUAUAAACUAUUGUCUACUGUGUGCGUGCAGUUAUGUAUUUUUUUUUCUGUACAGGAUAUAUUCCUGUCAAAUACCAGUUUCAACUGACCUGUAACUGACAAUUGCGUGUCAAUCCUUUUUUUACUUUAUUUUUUUUUAUUCUUUAUCUGCAUUCCAGCAGAUUUUCACCCAUCCAUCAUUGACAUAUAAACUUGUCAAGCUGUACACCUUACCAUGACACCUGUACUGUAACUUCCUUUUAACUGCUGCCUUUAACUUUUUACAAGUUAAAUUGCAGUGACACAUUCUAUGUUGCUAAAGAGAAGUUGUUGGGGGGGAAAAAACGGAUUGCGAGUGUUCUAGCAAUUGUACAUUUGGAGUCAUGCCAAACUGCAAUAACUAGCCUGGCUGUCAAAAUGUGUGUAAAAUGUCAUCCAUCUAAAGCUACAGUGCAUUUUCUCACCACCCCCAAUUACAAUGAAGAUAAAUGGUAUGAUUUCGAAUACUGAACAGUAUUUUUUUUCUCAUUUAAUUUACAUAUAUUAUUUUUUUUAUAUUAUUGUCCUAGCAGAUCACUUCCUUGGCAUUGGUCGUCACCGAAAAGGAACCUUUCAAGGAGUCCGUGUAAAGAAUCCUGUAAGGGAACUCCUAUUGCAGAAAAGAAGUAAAUUUGGGAAUGUGGCAAAUGAAACUCGGGUAAGGAGCUUGUUAGAGUAUAGAAUACAUGCCUAUGCAUGUUUACACAAUUAAGACUUUCUAACCUUAUUUUCCACAUUUUAAUUUUCUAUUUUUUUUUUUAUUUUUCCCCAGAUAUCCAAAGCUGGAAUGAAUUCUGAGUCGUGUACAGGUAUGUUUCUAGUAGGCAUGACUGUACUUACAUAGCUGACAAUAAGUGCAUGUUUGUAUAUACAUUUUUCUUUUUUUCCCUUCCAAUUCUUAGCUGCCCUUAAAAAAAUUAAAUUAAAUUAUAAAAAAAAGCCACUCGUAUCAUAAACUUCCCAGGCCAUUAACAAUUAAUAUUUUUCCAGCAAAGUACUCCACAAGUAAUAGUUUUCUGCCAAGUACUUGUUAAAAUUAAACAAGAUAAAUAAAAUGCGUCACAGGGUGACAUUAUCCACAGCUAAACCAUUGCUGACUUUUGGAUGAUUUAUUUUUCCUUCUCAGAACUGAAAAACAUUUUAAGAAACCACAAACGCACUCAUGAUUUCACUUCGGAAGCACCUGCUGCAAAACAGUUGUGUCCUUUUCCUUCUAGUUUUCUGGUGAGUAUAUUAGCAAGCAUUAAAACUUAAGUGAAUUUCUUUUUUUUUUUUUACUUUUUCUCUUCCUAAACUGGAAUCUUAUUCCUUCUGCAGACGCCCCCAAGCACUCCAAACCCCAACGAGUGUAUGGAUGAGAUCUCGAAAACUGACAUGAGCGCAGAUUCCACCUUAGAUGUGCUCCAGAGUAUCAUCAACAUAAAGAAUGAGUCCAAGCCAGUCUCUUUGAACACUGUGCAAGUCAGUUGGACGAACAACAUACAGCAAAGUGAUGUUGCUCAAGAGCAGUGUUUUCAAGGCAGCGCAAGUCAAGCUUAUUCAAUGUGUUCACUACCACAGAAUAAUGAACCAUAUGCAAUUGGAUCUCUGCAAAUGCCUCAGGUUCCAUCCAACACUCAUCAAGAUUAUAAUCCAUUCCCUGCAAACUCUCCCGUCCAGAGUUCAUUCUUUUCCAAUGAAUUCCAGAGCUGCUCUGUGGAUAGUUAUAUGCCUGCUGUUGUUGGUCAAGAGACAUCUCCAGAAAUUGAGCCUGGAGUUAAGGCUAUUGAAUCAUGUAUGCCAGCUCCAAACUUUAUUCCAACCGCAAAUGCAUCAACAAAUGCUUUUUGGGAGAAUCAUAUAGUUCAGUCUUCACACAAUGUGCAGUCUUCACACAGUGUGCAACCACAGCUAUGCCUUUCAGACCAAAAUAAUCCUAACCCCUUUCAAGUGGGAAAGUCAUUCUUCCAGUGGCAAAUCGAACAGGAAGAACGUAAACUGGCCAAUGUCUCAGAUGAACAGCUUAUUUCUAAAGAUUCAGAUGGGGAUACGUAAGUGUCUUACUAUUUUUCUGUUAAUUUAAAAAUUUGAAGAGAUGGGGAGAAUGUUUAUUUGUUUUCCUGCAGUCUUAAACAUAGACUGUUACGGCAGAUAAGAACCAUUCUGCCAUAUUUUUUUAUUUUUUAUUUUUUUAUUAUUAUUUUGCUGCAGACAAGAAAAUAAAUCUGGGGCAAAGUUCUAAAAAUAAAGGAACACCUAUCUAUACAAAUAUAAUGUUCUCUAUAAUGCUCUACAUUUAGAACUUUGCUUGAGAAUAUAUCUUCAAACGUGGGAUAGGCAUAAGGCUAUCUUAACUAUAAGAUCAGGCUGGGGACUAAUGAAGAUAUUUAGAAAAUUGGGCAGACUAGAUGGGCCGAAUGGUCUUAUCAUAUCCCCCAUUAUGCAAGUUCAAUAUAUAUCAGGUAACUUACCUGCUGUUGACUUUAAUAGGAUAAAUGUACCUUUUCUAUUCUUUAGGUGCCUUCACAUUUCUGUUGCACAAGGAAGAAGGCCUUUUUCCUAUGUUGUUGCUCGCAGGAUGACUGCAAUUAAUAUGUUGGAUAUUAAAGAACAUAAUAAUCAGGUAAGCGCUUUAUGGUACACGUGUAAUGUAGGAGAGGUGAGAGCUUUACAGCAGAAAUGUUAUACAGGGGGGACAUUUACAUUGCAAGUUUAAUGCAGGGCUUGGAAUAGUAAAUAUAUUUGCAUUUUGUUUUCUAAUGUGUCAUCUAUAUAAUUUUAGAAAAAAAAAAUAUCCCCAACAUUAAAAAUAAAAAAAAUGCAUUUAUUAUACAUAAGUGUACUUUGAACUACAUUUUGAUUUUGUGCUUUUGCAUACCUUCCUUUUUAUUGAGUAUAUUGAUUUCUCUCUUUUUUUUUUUUUUUUGACUAGCUCUAUUUAGAUGUAUGACUAAGAGCAGCAAUUCGUUAUCACAGUUACUGAUAAAAAGUACAAAGUCCACUUGAUUUCUGCAUGUAAAACAGAUAUGCAGCAUAAAUACUUUAAAAUGUUUUUCAGUAUUAAAGUGUGUGUCUUAAUGGUCUUCCUUUUCAAAUUUUGCAGAGUGCCUUACAAGUUGCUGUAGCGGCCAAUCAGCAUCUCAUUGUGCAAGACUUAAUCAGUCUUGGUGCUGAUGUAAGAACUACGGACUACUGGGGAAGAACUCCACUGCAUGUCUGCGCGAUAAAUGGAUAUACAAAGGUUAUUGAAGUAAGUUAAUAUCUGCCUUCCUUCACAAUUGCACGAGCACAAUGGCACUCCUUAUAAAUGCAUUGAAAUCUGCAUACAUUCUGAAUUAAGCCAUGUUCUAACUAUAUACAAUUCUCACAGGCAAUCCACAAAGGACUGGCUACCAGCAAUCAGUAUGUCGAUGUGGAUGCAAUAAACUAUGAUGGUAAGCUGCAAAAUUAAACCACUAUCCUUUUGUUUUUAAUUUAAAGAACCUGUGAUACAUUUUCGAUAAGAGAAAGUUCAGCAGUUAUGUAAACUAACAAAAUAAGAUUUGUUAAAUUGUUUAUAUUUCAUGUUUUCCCCCCUCUUAUUUUUUAAUUGGUGUAGAAUUUUAAAACCAUCACUUACAAAUGUUUAUCUUGAUUACGUAGUUUUUUUUUGUUUUUUUUAUCUUAUAGGUUUGACAGCUCUGCACUGUGCAGUGAUUGCCCACAAUGCAGUACUGCAGCAGCUAAUGAACAAUGCACAUAUUCGUUCUCCGGCAACUGAAGAAUUAAUGCAGAAAAAUAAGGCAAUGGUUGACACUGUGAAAACAUUACUAAUGAUGGGUGCAUCAGUGGAAGCACAGGUUUGUGUUUGCCAUCAUCAAGUCUUGUAAAUAAUUUCUUAAAGUGGCUCUGUCAAACCCCCCCUCCCCAAAUUGAGCAUUUAUUUCAAAGAUACAAUCUUUUAUUUUAAAGGUACACUGUCACCUUUGUUUUACCAAGCUUACUUCUGCCAUGUUUUUUUUUAGUUUCCAUAGCUGUUACUAGCUACAGCUUUAGGAAUCAAGCUUAUUUUUAUGGAUAACAAGGCCUGGUCUAUGGAUGAUCCCAUGGACUCACAAAAGCCUCCAUAGACGUCUGUAUUAUACUCACCAGGAGUAGAGCAUUGACAUGACUCCUGGUGAAUGAAGAUGGUGGUACUUGCAGGAGAUGGCUUGUUUAUGCGCCACCUUAAGCAGGGAUGUAACCUUCAGAGUUGUGUGCAAAGACACGUGAAGUUGACAGAGGCACUUUAAACCAACAUAGCUGCUAGAUGUAUGUCAUAGUGUAGAGAGGGGCUGGAGGAGAAAUUAGACUUCUACCAACCUAUUUUUUUUGUUUUUGUUUAAGAGUAUACCCUUACAAAGAUAGAGUUGAUUUGUAAUCUGUGUGUUUUAUACUAAACAGGAUCGUAAAAGUGGGCGCACAGCACUGCACUUGGCUGCAGAGGAAGCAAAUCUUGAACUGCUAACAAUCUUCCUGGAGUUACCAAAUUCCUUGUCCUUCAUUAACGCAAAGGUGAUUAUUUUGUUUUCUAUAUGUUUAAACAUUGAAUUACUCAGGGCAUAGAUGUGUACCAUGAGUGAAUGAUUUAAAAAAUUUAGGCUUCAUUUUUUAUUUUAUUUUUUUAAACAAUUACAUCUUUUUGCAGGCCUUCAAUGGUAACACAGCUCUGCAUGUGGCUGCAAGUCUGCAGUUUAGAAAAACCCAUCUAGGAGCUGUUCGACUUUUGAUGAGGAAAGGUGCAGAUCCAAGUGCAAGAAACUUGGAGAAUGAACAGCCAGUUCACCUGGUACCAGAUGGUCCUGUGGGUGAAGAGGUAAGAACACUAAUCUUCUCAGUAUAAAUUUUUUUUUUCUUUCUUUUUUUACAUAUGAAAGCAAAACAUAUUUCUUGUCCAAAACCACUAACAAUGCUGUUAGAACACUGUCGUGUUUAGAAAAUGUGCAAGGCUGCCAUCAUGUGAGCUUCACAGGGCAGCCAUUUUAUUUGUCAUGCAUACAUGAGUGGCUACUAUUGCCAUAAUUAAUCUAACUUUCGUUUAAGCUGUAAACUUACUUUAACUAUCUGAGUCCUGUGUCUAAAGAAUUUUGUGUUUUGGGAUGCUUUUUAAAUAUUUUUUUUUUUUUUUCUCUUCCAGAUAAGACGUGUCCUUAAAGGAAAAGCAGUCCAACAGCGCUCAUCACCUUAUUAA